CGUAAAUCCUUAGUAAAAUAACUCUAGAAGCGUUUAAUGUUCCCUAGAGUGUACAGGUCAAAAGAAAUUAACAAUUAUCAGUUUAAAAUGUCUUUUCGUUAUUAUUAAAAGAAAUUUUAUUGGAUUCGAAAUAUCUGAAUGAAAACUCAAUAAAGACAGUUUUAUGUCAAGUGAAGCGAAGAUCCAACUCGACAGGAGUGACUUGGAAAUCAUUCGAGCCUGUUUAGGAAGUGAUAAUCCAAUUAUUACACAAAAUUUAUUAUCAUAUUCGUUAAAUGGUAGCGAUCACUGGAUGUUAGAGCCAUGGAAGGAUAUUUUAAGUGUGGUUAAUCGUGCAUCUAACCAUUUUUUGUUUACGCUAAAUGAGGUUCAAAGAGUUGUGGAUUUAGCAUUAAAGGAAAUGGGAAUGCUUUACGCAACACCCGCAGAAACGUUAUUAGAUGUGGCAAGUGCUCUUAGCUUGUCACAUUGUAUAUUGAAACAAGAUAUUGUGAUGAAACAUAUUAUGGAGGCAUAUGAUCCGAAUCUCCGACGAACUUUUUUAAAAAAAGUUUCUAAUGAACCUUUAUAUUGCGUUAAAGGUCUUAACAAACCUCAACCUAGUGUAUCUCUUUUACAAAAAAUGUCCAACGCCGUUUCUGAAGGUUUCGACUUUUUCAUGAAAGGUUUUCCUACAGAAACCCAAUUAUUUCAAGACACAACUUGUCAAUCUUUUGAAUUAGUUCUCGAAAGACACCUACCCUUUAACGAAGUUUCGUUGGCGGAUUUCACUCACAUGAACACCUUAAUAUUACAUUUUGAAACCAUUCAGACUGUCGCUAAAAAAUUUUUGGACUGUGUUAAACAAAAUAAGUUUCCGGAUUUAGCUGAUGAUCCUGUUAUGUCAAUGUGUAAUUUGCAAGAUAGCAGCGGACAAUGCAGUAUUUUGGCAAUGCCAUAUGUUUUAGCAUUUCUUGAAAAAAAUAUGCGGAAGUUGCGAAGUAAUGAUGAUGCGUUUAUAUUUGCUUGGUUUUUGGCUUUUUACGAAAGGGAUUGUAACUGUCAACCUUUUUCAUGCAAUAUCGAAAGUGAUUCCACUAGCAGUAAUGCAACCACAGUGCAUGGUAUAAAAAUAGUGUGGAAUCGGCCUAAAACGCAAGAUAACGGCAUAAGUAAUGAAAUGGAGAUUACGGAAGCAGAUAAAGCUCACCUACUAGAAAUGUAUGCGGAAAUAACUUUACGUAGCCGUAUAAUUGAUUGUGAUACCAAAAUAGCCCUUGCAGCAACUCAGUGUAAAAAUUGCUUAAAAAUAAGCAAAAAGAAAACUGCGAUACUUUGGGUGAGGAAGAAAAAACUUUGGGAAUCUCAGCAAAAAGAUUUUGAGUCCCAACUCCUUCGAUUGGAGGAGGUGAAAUUAAUGCGUGACGCGUCGUCAACUCUUGGAGUCGUGACGAACGUUUUACAUUCAAGUUGUACUACUACUAAAACAGUUUUAAAAGAGACAAGUCGACUGGCUAUUGAUGUUUCAUCCUUUUUAGAAGAUUCCCAACAAGAGUUAAAUCAAACUCAAAAUCUGUUUAUUUCAUCUAAAAAUAAUAGCAUUAAUGACUCAGAGUUAGAGGAAGAAUAUCGCACCCUUCUAUACGAUACAAUGGACGAGGUCCCUGAAUGUGAACUUCCGCAGCUAAAAGAGUCCGAAUUUGAAACAAAAGCACCUACACUUCUUCCAUCCCUUUAAAAAGUAUAUUGUUUGUUAACUUUAUAAUAAACGAAUACUUUAAAAUCGGAGGAUUUUACCCAUAACUUAAAUUAUUGACUGUGCUUUUUUCCAAGGACUGUUUAAAAUUAUAUGUGUCUUCUUAACCGUAUUCAAACAAUAAGACCUUAUUAAAAAAAGCAUUUUGGUAAUAUUGACGCGCUUCUUUUUGUACACUAUCAGACGUACACUUAAAUCACAACCACCUUUCUUUUAAAUUAUAAACUGUGAAAUGAAAAUUUUUCCCUUUUUAGAUAAACAAAUUUUGCAUAUUCUUUAUUUAAAGUCAUUCGUUUUUUACCAAAAUUGCUUCAUACUAGCAAUCAAUAAUUUUUUUUAUGAUUAAUGCGUGUCGCAUUGUGAAUAGAAUUUUUUUUUAA